AUGUCAGGAGCAGCAGUCAUCGAAGCGAUCGGCUUGAUCUCCGGUGCUCUCGGGAUCAUCCAGUUUGCCAUGGACAACUUCCCCGAACCCAAAUCCGUCGACUCCGUCGUCCGAAUCACCGUCGGCCUCGACACCAACGGCGGCCUCGACAACGCCGGAGGCGACCUACCCGACGUCCGCCUCUUCAACGAGGCCGGCGAGUACCUCGGCCUCACCAAGGACCCCGGCGGGAUCCAGGACGGCGGCUUCGCCGACAUCACCAUCGCCCACGAGGGCGACAGCACGCAGCAGCCGACCUACACCCUCUUCUCGGCCAACAAGAACGCGAUCUGCAUCGCGUACGCCACCAUCACGCUGCCCAGCCAGGACAAGUACUCGUGGGUCGGCGACUGGGGCCGCCAGUGCGGCGCCUCGUGGUACUACUCGCACGUGUACAUCGGCAGCACGGGCGUGACGCCCGACUGCAUGUGGAUCGACGCCAACAACGACCAGCCGCAGACGGGCUUCCAGCUGCACUGGCCCGAGUUCUACGUCAAGUCCGGCGACAGCCUGCCCUCGGACCCGACGGAGCAGACGGACAAGAUCAACUACUUCUGCAGCCAGCAGCCGGCCUUCAAGUACUACAACUACGCGACGGAUCCGGACCCGCGCGGCAUCACCGCCUGGCCCAUCACCAACCCGCGGGACCUCGAGGCGCGCGAGCCGAUCACGGCCUACGGCCCCGCCAAGCACGCCGAGUCCGCUAAGUUCCGGCGCGGCGGCACGCUGUACCCGCGGCAAGCAAGCAACGCGACGGCGGCGGCGGACCCGCACGCGAACCGGCUCGUCAUCAGCAACAGCGACAAGCACACGGCCGACGGCCUGUGCGAGAGCGACACCUCGGCCGGCCCGGACUUCGUCAACACCGCCUCGGGCAUGUUCUGCCGCAUGUCCGACAAGAAGCAGUUCCCCGUCUGCAGCAAGACCGUGACCGACAACUGCUUCAACACCGAGUCGAAGCAGCUGAUCAUCAACGGGGUGUCCGCGCGCGACGCGCCUUACACAGAUGUUUUGGAUUGGUCUGAGUAG